AUGUCAUUUAAAUAUUGUUGGACUAAUAAAGAUGAACUUAUACAUCGAGCCACUCGACAAGGUCGUGUCUUUUCAUUGGAAACAUAUUUGAAUCGUUAUCCUCCUGAGAGUAUCGAUCAACUCUAUGAAUACGGUCGAUCACGAUGGACGCUUUUAAUAGCUGCAUGCUUUUAUAAACAUGAAAACAUUGUACGUAUGUUAUUGCGUCGUUUCAAACCCGAUGUGAAUGCAGUUGGUGAUGUUAAACUCGAUUUUGUUCAUGAAGUUAUGCACGGUAUCUCAGCUUUAUGGGUAGCUGUUGCUGUCGGACAAUUUGAUAUUGUUAAAUUAUUACUCGAAGAAGGUAAUGCCGAUGUCAAUCAUUUAUCAAUUACACGUAGUUCACCAUUACGUGCAGCAUCAUAUAUCGGUCGGCUCGAUAUCGCUCAUUAUUUAAUUGAACACAAUGCUGAUAUGCGAUUAGUACGCGAUGGAAAUUAUACAAAUUUGAUGUUAAGUGCAUAUCGUGAACACACACAUAUGUUAAAAUAUUUCCUCGAUGAAUUACAAUGUGAUCCUAAUGAAUAUGAUCAAGAUGGUCGAACGCCGUUACAUUACGCGAUUGAUGGUGGUUCACUUAAUUCUGUUCGAUUAUUAUUAGAACGUGGAGCAAAAAAUUCGUCACCUAGUCCAGUUACACCACUGAUUUGGGCAGCAUUGGAAGCAAGAGAAGAUCUGGUUGAUGCCUUUGAAAACUAUUGUGCAUCGGAUAUCGAAUGGAUCGAAGCGAGAGAAUUACUCGGUGCAGCAUACGCAAAUAUUGAAUCGAAAAAUUACAAUCUGACUAAAGCGAUCGAAAACUUAGGAAAAGCCUAUCGAUGGCGAACGGAAAAAAGUCUUUUGAAAGUAGUUCCAUCAUUUUCAUCCGUUUCAGCAUACAAUCAUUCGCACGAAUGUCAAACAUCACUUGAAUUCAAUGAACUUCUUCGUAAAUCCAAUACUGAAUUACAUAUCGAGUCAUUACGUAUCCAAGAAAGAAUCUUAGGUCAGAAAAACAAACGAUAUCGUCAUGCUAUUCGAUUCUAUGGUGCUAUCUUAGCUGAUACACAUCAGUACGACCUUUCACUUCAGUUUUGGCUCUAUGAACUUGAUCUUCGACGUCAGCAUCAGAUUCAUUUCGAUAAAUGGCAUCUACGAGAUUUCAUUCAUGUCUUCUCUGAAAUGAUAAUUAAUGAUAAUGAUCAUAUUCCCGAACAUGCCAUUCUACAUAUUCUCAAAGCGCUAAAUAAUGAACUUUCCACUGGACGAAAUAAUGAUCAUAAUCUUUUAACACUUUUCUAUCUUAUCACUAUAAUUAGUCACGUAUCCGAAAAUCAGAAAGUCGCAGUAUCGAUGAGAGAUGUUUAUCGAAUGUUAGUCAUACUCGUUCGAAACUGUUAUACAACCAUUGGAAAUUCGCAACAUUGGACUCUCCUACAUUUAAGUGUAAUGACAGGAUUACCAUAUGUAAAUGAUAGUCACAUUAUCGCUUUAUGCAAAUAUCCAUGUCAUAAAACAGUUGCUUUACUUCUUCAUUGUGGUGCUUCGGUCGAUGCAAUUGAUGCUGAACGGAAUACUCCAUUACAUUUAAUUGCUCAACGUAAAGAUGAUAUCGAGAAUGUUUUGUUUAUUAUAAAUCUCCUUUGUGAUGUGGGUCGCGCUCAUUCCGAUUGUGUCAAUUCGCAAGGUCAAACACCACUUGAAUCGGCAUCGAGUAUUCAUGUUAGAACGCAUCUACAAGAAAAGAUCGGGGUGAACCGGUUGAAAUGCUUAUGCGCUCGACUGAUUCGCCAAAGGAACAUUAUGUUUGAUAACUGUCAAUUUUCGUGCUCACUUGUGGACUUUAUUAACAAACAUUGA